CUCGUCCAAACAAGUCUGUUCACAUUCCUCUAAAAAUGGCAUCCAUACACUACGAACUCCUGACCCCAAAAUACUUAGACCAGGCUUGCGAGGUCAUCAGAAACGCCCUCUUCAUCCCCGGCAGCCUCAACGAAGCCCUUGGAAUCCCCAACGACCCUGAAGCCCUUGCCGAACUGGACCUACUCUCCAGAGCCACAGCCAAAGACGGCGUCAGUGUGAUAGCCGUCGACAAAACCAACGACAAAGUGGCGGGAGUCGCCUUCAACAAAUUUUGGCUAAAAAACGACCACUUCUUGGAAAAUUUCGCCCGAACUCUGAAAAACUCCAAGUCGGUGGACAUCAUCUACAUGAUCAUCAACACCGAGAAGUUGUGCGACCUCUUCGAGUUGCUCCAGGUCGACUGUGUGAUGGAAAUCUUCCUCCUGGGUACGUCGAACGAGUACCGGCGCCAAGGUAUCGCCGAAAAACUGUGUCGGUUUUCUGUGGAAGUCGCCCAGAAGCUUCACAACGGGGUUAACGUGAAGCAACCCGUCGACGGAAGUCCGGUCACUCUAGAGCCAGUUCCGCAGGCGGUGACUGCAAUUUUUAGUUCGCCUGUUUCGCAGAGGAUUGGCAGGAAGCUGGGACUGCAAGUGGCAGCGGAACAUGACAACUCGAAAGUCGAGCUAAAAGACAGAGUUCUGGAGAUUCCGGGAGAAACCACCACGACCACUCUAGAGUAUAAAAAAUUGGUUGAAGGUUAACUUGGCAGAACUUCCCUCGCCAAAUCCCGUUACUUUAAUAAAAUUUUAAAUAAUUUAAACUCUAUUAUUAUUAUUAUUAUUAAAAUAAAACCUUGACUUGAA